AUUCCUAUAUUUUAGGUCUCCCCCGCAUCACGAAAAAGUACGGACAAGCAUGGCCAAUGUUAUUGUUCCUGCGACUCAGGUCAACACAAACGGCAAAGCGAUCCCGCUUCUUGGCUUUGGAACAGCCGAGUUCCCGUUUGGCUCCAAUGACAACGUAAAGGAACACAUUCUCCAUGCGAUCCAAUUGGGCUACCGGCACUUCGACUCGGCCUCAAUUUACCUGUCUGAGCAGCCCCUUGGAGAAGCCGUGGCUGAUGCCCUCGAGCUCGGCCUCAUAAACUCACGUGAGGAGCUGUUCAUCACCACGAAGCUCUGGUGUGGCGACGCGCAUGGUGACCGCGUUGUCCCUGCGCUUCAGAGAUCCCUCAAGAAUCUUGGGCUCCAAUUCGUGGACCUGUAUCUUGUGCAUCUUCCGGUGAGCUUGAAGGCAGGGGAGUGUGAAUUUCCGGUGAAGAAGGAGGAUCUGCUUCCGUUUGAUUACGAAAGUGUGUGGAAGGCCAUGGAAGAGUGUCAGAAGCUGGGCUUGGCCAAAAGCAUAGGAGUGACCAAUUUCUCAUGCAAAAAGCUGGAGAAGUUGCUGAGCAUUGCUGAGAUUCCUCCUGCUGUCAAUCAAGUGGAGAUGAACCCUUUGUGGCAACAACAAAAGCUAAGGAAAUUCUGCAAGCAAAAGGGAGUACACAUUACCGCCUUCUCUCCGUUAGGCGCCAAAGGAACUUUUUGGGGGACCAAUAGAGUGAUGGAAUGCGAGGUGCUACAAGAGAUUGCCAAAGCCAAAGGGAAGACGCAUGCCCAGGUUUGUUUAAGGUGGGUGUAUGAACAAGGAGUUAGCGUGCUGGUGAAAAGCUUCAACAAAGAGAGGAUGAAAGAGAACCUUGACAUAUUUGACUGGAGCUUGAGUCUUGAAGAAUUGAACAAAAUUAGUCAAAUUCCACAAAGAAAGGAUUUCGGACUUGAAAUAGUAUCCCCAAAUGGUCCUUACAAGUCUCCUGAAGAGCUUUGGGAUGAGGAGAUUUAAUCAAGAAUCAUUAUAUUCAUUCAAUAAGUUCAUUCAACUCGAGAAGUAUUGAAUGACUUGUUCAGAGAUUGUUGGACCUUAAUGCCAAAUGAAUGCCAGUCCCUUCUAUUUUAGAAUA